AUGAAAAAUGGAAAACAACAACAGCAGCCUUCAGAUACAACGUUGACGGAUUAUUUAUGGCAAACACCUCUAUAUUACAAUUGCCAAUUCGAUGAGACAGUCAAACUGGAUAUUUUAUCACACUGUUUCGCAGCCUUAUGGAAAGACAAUAAAGAAUUUAUGCAAAAGUACUUUUUCCAAAGUAUUGAAGAGCUACGAGAUGUUGUAAUGAACCAAAGCCGCCGACGCGAUGGCAAAGAGAGGAAUGUUAUUAACGAUCCGAAAUUAUGGCAUACCAAUGCUUUAAUACCGCCAACCGAUUUGUCAAACCAGAAGGGAAGACAGUGUGGCCAUGUCUUCCGCAAAGGGGAGCCUGUGUAUCGUUGCAGGAACUGCGGUUUAGAUGACACCUGUGUAUUCUGUUCAAAGUGCUUUCAUGCCACCAACCAUGACGGGCAUGACAUCUUCUUUUCAAUAAGCCCCGGAUCGGGAGGUUGCUGCGAUUGUGGCGAUCCAGAAGCUUGGAAGGUGCCUUUACAGUGUAAAAUUCACUCUGCUGUUGGAGAGAGCGAACAGAAUAACUAUACAGCUGAUGAUGGAGGAACCGAGAAACAGCAUAUUGAACCUGAAUUAAUCGACUCGAUAAGAAAUACAGUGGCAAGCGUGUUGAAUUUUCUAUUAGAUAUAUUUGCUUUAGCUCCAGAUGAGAUUACUCUUAAUGCUUCUUCAGAGGAUAUAAUCAGGGAAAAUUUAGAACAACGACAUAUUUUGAAUAGAAUGGGUAUACCUUCUCAACUAGCGAAUACGACAACGACAGCAGCAGCUAUGGCUAACCAGGUGAAUACUAGAGUUCGUAUGACUACUGAGGAGGACGUAGAGAUGGAUAAUGAGAAUAAUCAGCAGUUUAAUAAUGCAGAGGCUUCCUCAUCAGCAUCAACAUCGCAAAGUACAAAUGAUUUGACCCUGAAAGAUGGAGAACUCUAUGCUUGUAUAGUCUGGAAUGAUGAAGCCCAUGCAUUUUCACAUGUUUUAGAAUCUAUAAUGACAGCAACAGGCUGGGAUUGGGAAAAAGCGAAGCAAAUCGUUGACGUUAUUCAUGUACAUGGCAGAGAGAUAAUUGCUGUAUCGAAAAAUAUUGAAGAAUUACGGAAAAUAGCUGCUCCUCUGUCAGCUAUCAAUCUCAGCGUUACCAUAAGACCAGCAAAAGAGACAUUCAGAGAACAAGUUGCUGGUUUAUUGGUCGAAUGGUUAAACGAAUUAGUCAGUGGUAAUAAAUGCUUUUUCACUCGAGUGAAAAAUGGCGAUGCUAUUAUUCGUGGAAUCAUAUACGAGGAGUUGUGUAGAGAAUGGGAGCUUCGACUACCAUUAGCUAUAUUGACCGCAGGAGCGCGAAGCGGAAACGCCCAAAGAGGAGAAGAGGAGGAUGAAGAUGAAGAUGGUGUUAUGAAAGAUGAUAUGGCCAUGUCUAUAUCGGAUAUUGUAGAGGAUGUUGAAAUGUUUGAACCAGAUUCGGACAGUCAGAUGAUGAGUAAGGACGGCAGCCCUGACUCAGGCGCUUCAACCCCCAUUUUAUAUCGUUCGCAAUGCGAUGUUGCUACCAUUGAUUGGGACCCAGCCUCUAUGGUAAGAGAAUACAACCGUUUACGCAAUGAGGAGAUAGCUUUUGGAGAUUAUCUCUUGGAUAACAGACAUCGUAACGGCAAACAGCCCGCUACGAAACCCGAAAAUGUGUACACAUACAGUAAAGAAGCAGCUUCUUCAGCCUUGAUUAUGCAACGAGAAUUCGGGCAGAAAUUGCGGCUUGACUAUUUCAUGCUUUACGAUCUGAAAUUAUGGAAAGAAGUUCGUAUUUCGUUGCGUGAACUGUAUAUCGCAACUUUGGCAUCCAAUGCUGAAUAUAAGAAAACCUUAGGCAAACGUUUAGCGCGCAAUUAUGCUAGACUGGCAGAAUCAUUCUUACUACGUGAUCGCGAACCUGAAAAUUCAAUCAUUCUGUUCUCCGUUCAAUUAUUGACAGUGCCUACCGUAUCUGAUUUGCUCGUACAUGACUACUACUUCUUUGGACUCAUUUGCUCGACAUUGACAGCGUUUUUCUUAACAGAUCGGCUAUACCUCCUGCUACCUUCAGAACGUGCAAAAUACCCUGCUCGUAUUAAUUGUGAAUCCCGUGCUUUUCGUACACGACGUUAUUUCAAUGCCUUUCAUGAUUUAAGAUACAUUAUGAAUGUAGAAAUGAUCAAACGUGAACUUGCUGAAGAUCCACUUUACUUAAGACAAUAUCUGGAUCUCAUCAGCUUAUUCCAAGGUAUGAAUGCUCAAGUCUGUCAGAAGGAUACCCACGUCGAAUAUGAAUCAGAAAUUUGGGUCAAUGCGUUUAAUGUUACACUACAGAUAGCGAAGUGUUGCCGUCAGUUUGCUGAUUGCUUUGGUAAGCUGUCAACAUCAACUAAAGAGGAGAAAAUAUCUUCAGCUAUUAUCGUAUGCAGAGCCAUCUCUCGCUUGCUGAAACGAAUUUCAGAUUGGGGCUCUGAAGAAGCUAAUGGACAAGCAAAGACGAGCGAUUCAAUAGCCACCACAUCUCCAAAAGUUGAGGGUAUUGCGGCCCAAAUUUAUCACACCAUUAGCCUUAGAUACACAGAGCCAUUUGAAAUCAUCAAAUAUGACGUUGCCAGCCAACCUGUUUCUUUUCAUCAUCCAUUGCAUUGGCUUUUAGCUGGAGUAUUGGAGUAUGCUCAUUUAUUAGAUAACGACACUCUCAAACAAGCAGGUUGGGACGGCGGCUUCAAAAAAAUGAUAGUCCUCUUCAGUGAAACAAGAAAUGCAUCACCAAGCAUCUUAUUGCCUAUUCUAGACUACCCUAUCAGAACAAUAGUGUUCUCUUCACAAAUUAGGGCUGGUGUAUGGGUUCGUAAUGGUUAUGGUAUCAGAAAUCAGGCGCAUCAUUACCGUGACAUAUCCUUACGUGAAAAUACCUACGAUGCUGAUGUCUUUUUGUUACAAUUUGGUUUUGUUACAAUUCCAAGCAAUCGCUUUUUAGCAACUUUAUUAGAUCGCUUCAACCUGGUAGAUUGGUUCAUGGGUAAACAGAAUCAUGAUACUUAUGAUAGUACACAACUUGUAUUUAUGGUGGAAGAUCUCCUCAACUUGUUGAUUGUUAUAAUAUCUGAAAGAGCCAAUAUUGAUGGUAUGUCGAUCACCGAUAAAGUUCGCCGCGAAAUCGUUCAUAAUCUGUGUUUAGGAAGUUCUGCUUAUUCCGACCUUAGCAAACGCAUUCCUGAGCGUAUUGCGGAGCAUCCUGAAUUCGAUCGUAUCCUUCUCGAGGUAGCAAACUUUAAGAGUCCUGAAGGUGUUAAUGAUCAUGGCGUCUACGAAUUGAAAGAUGACUAUUUCUCUAUGAUCGACACUUAUUUCUGGCAUUUUAACCGCAAUAAUCGUGAAGAAGCAGAAACAAUUCUGAGGUCUCGCUGGAAGAAGGAAAAUCCCCAUAGAGAUGAGAAAGAGUUCUUCGUUUUACCUCAACAUAUUCCGAUUGCUCCUGGACCUUUUCAACAUUUAGGUUCGUUCUUACAAUCUACAGUCUUCGUGCAAAUGAUGGCUUUUGCUUUAUGGAACAUUUAUACCGGUGAUACUCACAAGAGUGACACUAUAUUGGACCAAGUUCUACAUUUGGUUAUGCUAGCUAUGACCGAUAAGAACUCAGAAGACGUUUCCAAUUUCGGCCAGGGCAAGUUUUUCGAUUAUGUUUGCUCUUUGUACUUCAUAAUGGAGGUACCACAAAAGGCUGAAGAAAAUGCCAAACCGAAAACGAGUCGUAAGCUCUGUUUGUUCGAAAUCCUGGCUGAACUAUACGAUCAAGAACAAUACGCAGAAAUUAAAAGCCGUUUGAAGUGGAUUUUCGAAGAACUUCUCAAUAAGGGAGUAGAAAAUACUCGUACUAAGGUCUAUGAUUGGAAAGCAAAACGUGCUGCGCAAUUAGAAGAAGAGGCCAAAAAGAGUCAAAAUAGCGGUACAAAAUUAUCUGAAGUGGAGAAAAAAAAGCUGGCAGCCAAAGAACGUCAAAAGAAGAUUAUGGCUCAAUUCGCGCAAGCACAAUCACAGUUUAUGGAAAAAAAUGAGUUUCUUUAUGACGAAGAAGUUGAAGAAGAUGAAGAGGAGACAUUUGUUGAUGCUCCUGACAAUCUAAACCAUGCCCAGGAGGAGUCUUCAGAUAGUAUUCAUCGUUUCUGCUCUUACCCCACAGGUACAUGCAUUGUGUGUCAGGAAGAUGCCAAUGAACGCUCCAUGUCUUAUGGUUUGCUUGGUCUCAUUCAAACUUCAAACAUUUUACGUGGAGCACCUAUGGAUGAUGAAAGUUUGUUCAAUGAUAUUUACCAAAUGGGUUCCAAUUUGGAUACAGAGUGGCAAGACCACCAAUGUUUACCAAAUGGUGAAUUAACUGUUUCCGGGUUUCCUGCCAAAUUACACAAAACGGGUCUUUAUGCUUCAACUUGCGGUCACUUCAUGCAUAUCAAAUGCUUCGAAGUGUACUGUAGCUCUAUUGAUUCCCGACACACUAACCAGCUAACUCGUAAUCAUCCGGAAAAUCGAUCAAGAAAGGAAUUUAUGUGCCCUCUAUGUAAAUCCUUGGGGAAUGCUCUGUUGCCAGUAUUUUGGAAAGGCAAGAAAGAGUCUUACCCUGGUGUACUAUCAAAAUCUGGUGGUUCGCAAGACUCAGCGUUCUACGAGACUCAAAUAGGGGAAAUUGUCGGUAAACUUAAGCAUACCGUCGUUUCAGCGUUGAGAAAUGCACAAUUGCGCAAAAACACUCGUGAUGUCUCAGCUACUAAUCGAAUGAAGGAUGUCAUGGCGCAACUUCUGCCUAACUUACCCGUAGCUGCACUAGUUGCUCCUAUGCCUGGUCGUAUGCCUGCGAAUCGUGAAUGGACGCCAACCACGUUCCCUGCCCGUCUUCCGAUCCCUACACCUGUGGAUACCAACACUAAUAACCCGCAGAUUGGGGCCGAUAAUACCAUCAAUAACAAUAUGGCUAAUCUCACAAAUAUUGCUGGACAAGCUGGGUUGCAAGUAGAAGAGUUGUUACAUCCCAGUAAUAUAAUUGAGGAAAUGGACAGAGAUGCAGAAACAAUGUUUAUACAGAAUGCACUUAAUUCAAGCUCACUUCGUCCGCCAGAUGGUAGACUGGGUCCAUUCGAAAAUGGCAUACUACAUAGUACAGCCAUGACAAAGGCUCCUUUUAUUCGAAAAUCCUAUCGACGUUUAUGCGAGGUGCUAAGUACCAUAUACCAAGAGAUCUGCUCAAACGAAAGUGAACGCGAAAUGUCAACUGCUGCUGAAAAUGUUGAUAUGCUUUGGGGUAUGAUGGGAUAUACCAUUGCCGGUGUUGAAAUAGCCACUCGCGGUAAUAAGAGUACAAAAAAUCAAACUUCUGGUGAAAAUGCUACUACCACACAUACCCUAUUUGAUCAGAUUCCCUCUCAGACUCAAAUAUUGCUUCGUAUAUUAAGCGACACUGUCAUGGCUUAUACCACCAUCAUGUGUCCCCGCACUGGUGAUAUCAAGACAAGCUCACCAAGUAUACCAAUGGCUCGUGUGAACUUAUUCUCUCUUGGUCGGAUGCGGCAAUUGUUCAAAGUCAAUAUCGAUGACAUCGUUGCGAUCACAGCUGGCUCAUCUCAAAAGCUGAUGCUCUAUGAAAACGCCCCUCUUUUAGAAGAUGAUCCUUUUAUGAUUUUGACGGAGAUUGCUCAUCAUAUAAUCCCUCUGACACAAGCUGAUAUCUUCCCAUUCAUUCAGAUACUUUUAUUAGCUGAAUUCGCCAAGAUUGCUGUCGGACUGUUACAGGAUCGACUUAGCAGAGAUAUUUCCAGCCAACAAUCACAUCAAACUGCUCCCAUUGAACCCUCUCAAAAUAUUACAGCUGCUUGCUCUUUCGCCUUCUCAUUGAUGCAAAAAUUGCAAUUCACAUCUGAGGAAGCACAAAGCACGUUCAAAAAGUUUGGUAGCGAGGCUUCUUUCUGUGCUUUACUCAAAUUUUUCGCUCUUCCAUUUUUGCGACGUACUCUUAUUUUGCUAAUUGUGCGCUUUGGCUUAAUUGUACCUCCUAUGAUGGAAACGACGGAUACCGCUGAAAGCAUCGAUGAAAUAGACCGGUUAAUGGAAAUUCUUCGGCUACCAAAGUUUGCCGACUUUUUGCAACCAACCCCUUAUACAGACAGUCUGUUGAAUUAUUGGUGUGAACAGCAUAUUCGCGGAUCAGAGCAUCAGCUUCAAGUACAAGAGGGACAUGUAGGUCCAUUGACAGCGAAUCAAUUGUUACCUAUUCAAUUAGAUCUGCCAACUCCUCUGCAUCUUGUUGCCCUACCGGAAAGGCUAGACAGCCUAUUUGCUGAAAGUAUGAAACGGGUAUGUCAAAAGUGCGGUACUGUGCCUAGUGAUCCCGCCCUUUGUCUAUUAUGUGGUACCUUUGUUUGCGCUCAGAGUUUUUGUUGUGCAGAGGAUGAAGAAGGAGAAUGUAAUCUCCAUACACUAGAAUGUGGUGGAGAAAUUGGUCUUUUCUUAUCAGUCAAACGCUGUGUUCUAAUAAUGCUUCAUAACGGCAAUGGUUGGUUUAUGAACGCACCCUAUCUGGAUCCACAUGGUGAAGUCGAUCAAGGAUUAAGUCAUAAUAGACAUGGUAGACCACAGUAUUUAAAUGCAAAGAGGUAUGCUGAAAUCCGUAAAUUAUGGUUACAGCAUAACAUACCGAUAUACGUUGCUCGACAAAUCGAAGCAAACUAUGAUAUCGGCGGUUGGACUACACUCUAA